AUGAAGGACUUGGGGGCUUUAACGUCGAUCGAUGAGUUUCCGAAGGUCAAGGCACUUGCAGACAUCAUCGAGAAAGAAAGAGAGGGCCUGGCGCUUCAAUUGCAGACCAGAACGGGACAAAACGAAGCAGUUUUGCAUGAGUUAGACCAGGUAGACCAAAAGCUGCUUGAAUUGGCCAAAGAGAUCAGUUCUGUGCGUUCCAACGCUGAUGUUGCACAAAUAAGAACGCGGUACGGCUCCCUCGCGAUCCUGGAUCAAAUUGAUGCCCUUUUCGCCCAAAAAGCCGCCAAAACCGCUGAGCUUUCUGCUCUAAAACGGUUGGACGAGAUUUCGAGUGGUAUCAAAGCCGUAGCAACAGAAUCCAAGGUUGAAGAAGCACAAUUACAACAAUGGCAUGAUAACUUGGACGGCUUGAAAAAUCAGGUGCGAAACUCAGACUUGGAACCUGUUUUCCAGAGUUUUAAUCAGCUCUUGUUAGAGCAAGCACUUCCCUUACGUGAGGAACUGAAAUCCAGGCUUUUGGACUCUGGCUGGGAUUUAGCGGAUAAGGAUAUUAAUGCAGUUGUUUCGGAGUCGUCUGCGUCGUCUUUGAAGGAACUAUCGUCGCGGAUUUACCGCUUGAACAAGAUGUGGCAGCCGCAGCAAGAUUCCGAUGAAAUUUGGAAUUUUGAGUGUAUUGCAAAUAACUUCAGGAUCAAAUUCGUCUAUCAUUUUGUGAAUGAGUCCAUACAAAAACCGCAUUCCGUUGAGAUGUACUUCAAAUUUCUGGAGAAAUAUCUAGAUCUCAAUCUUUACAAAUGUGUCUAUUUGUUCCGCGAUCCGAACGUGCCGAAUCUAGAUGAAGCUUAUGUGCAUCAGCAAUUCAUAAAUCAUGUUUUGGCCCCUAUACGAGAAAAGGUGAACACGACGUUGGUAAAUAUAGCUAAUAGCGCUUCGAGUGAUCACCUCAAAACCUUGGUGGUACUUAUUUCCCAGAUUUUCAUAAUCGACAAUGCAUUAGUGAAGAAGCAUUUUUACGAUGGUUUGGGUUUGAUUGCGAUGAUACCCGAGGAGGUACUGACCACAUGGCUCUCCUUCGAAAUCGAUUCUUCACUUAACCAAUUCCAAAAAAUAAUCAAGACAACGAACGUUGCCAAGAGUGGUUCCGAUUUUGCAAAAUUGCUGGAAAAUCUUUAUCUGUAUUUUGAGCCAUUCUUCAAUCUUGAACAUGGUAAUUUGAUGGAAUACAAACUAAGAACCACCAAGACAAUCUUCAUGGAUUUGACUCAAAAAUACCGCGACAUACUUUUGAACUCUAAGGAUGAAACUUCUGGGGCCAUUUCGGAGCAGGCACAGUUUGAGAAAACUUUAUGGAAAACUCGUAAUUUGCAGCUCAUAAGAGCUACACUGGAGAGUUUCGCGGACAAGCUGAACUUCAUUCUUCUCACUGAAUAUUUGAAUGCAGCCACGUCCUCUUCAUAUGACACAAUUUUCGACGACAUUCUGAAUCUCUAUGAAAAUGCUAUUUCGGCAGCGAAGGAAUCUAUCAUUCACAGAUACAAAAAACUCAUGAACGUUGCCUUCCGUAACUAUUUUAAGGUCAGCGACUGGAACCAAAUUACCUCUGUACCACAGCAGUGUAGUGCCGAGCUAGUUUCACCAUUAAAUUUAUCGAACAAGUUGAUUACUAUGAUGGAAACUGUGGAUUUGACUCCCGAUAUGCUUUUGGAUAUUAAAGGCGAGAUACUGAAUAUACUGAUACAUUACAUGGUUGACUAUGUGAUAAAUCUUAACAGAUUCAACAAAUUCGGAUUGGACCAGCUUCACCUAGAUUUUGGUAUGCUGAAGGAAAGCUUGCGUUUUUCACAAAAAUGCGAUCCACAAAGCGCAGAAGAAGGCUCAUUUCUUGAAACUUUAAAAGUUCUGGCUCUAAAGUAUGAAGUAGAUGACAGCUGCCAACACUUUUUGGCCAAGUCUUUUAUCGAUCGCCGGCAGUUCUCGGACCUGCGAGAGAGACUCUCGAUCAAAUACGCAACCGAUAGUGAGUUAGCAAAUGCAUUGUAUAGAAAUUUAUAA